UACAGGGCACUUCGUGGAUCUUGACAUUUUGACAAUCACUUUCGCUUCAUUUUCAUUCCAGUUCAUUUUAGUGUUUGAAGCAGACGUGGUUUUCAUUGGAAAUCGAAAGCAUAUAUAUAUUUUUUUUAUUUAAAUAUAAAAUACCAUUACAUUUAAGAUGUCACGCUAUCGCGAAUGGGAUCUUUCUUGCAAAGUGUAUGUAGGUAAUCUUGGAACAAAUGCAUCCAAAUAUGAGAUUGAGAAAGUAUUUUCAAAAUAUGGAAGCAUUAGAAAUGUGUGGGUUGCGAGAAAUCCACCGGGGUUUGCAUUCGUGGAGUAUGAAGAUCCCCGUGACGCAGAAGAUUCUGUUCGUGGUUUAGACGGCACACGUUGCUGUGGAACAAGAAUUCGAGUUGAGAUGUCGAAUGGUAGAACACGAAGAGAUAGACGGUACUCCAGGUCCAUUUUAUCAACCAACCACCAACACACCAACGACCUCACCACAUCUCUUCACCACAACUACGGCUUCUUUACCAAUAAGACAUCCGCGACCGUCGCUCGCAACUACAUCCCGCUCGACUUCUGCGAUCGGCUCUCCAAACUACUACGCGCAGCUGAAGCCUUCGCCAACUGCAUCCCCUUCCUCUUAACGGCCAUAACCUAAUCCUGUAAUUCCUAAAUGCCUGGACCCAAAUCUUAAAACUAAUGAGAGCCACACAGUAGGAACCUACAAAGUCCUGUGUAAUCAUUUCAAAAUCCUGAUGCUUCACGUCUGCACACUCUCGUCGUCAUCGAGUCACCGAAAUAAACACCGACUUACGACGCUCAACUUCUCCCCGUGUCCGCAAUUUGUUCUCGAAACUUCUGGUUAAAGUCAUCAUUUGAAGAUCACGUUGAAACUAGCUCAGCCAAGGUAUUCGAACCCCCUUCGGCCUCACAGGAGACCUCACAACGCUCGACGACCUUCAGGCUCACCAAGUCUCGGUACUUUUUGAAUCCUAUACUUAGCACUACCUUACCUUAUACCUGUAUAUAGAAAUAGAAAAAAUAAAUACGUAUUUUGCGAGCGAA